AUGCCGCGGGUCCGGCUCCUCGUCCACAAGCCGGCUGUGCGGGUGAGCUACGACACGGUGCGGGACCUGGUGCCGCGCCUCUGGGACGAAGUAGAGGGCGGCGACGAGGAGGCGGUGGCCGGCGGAGGAGAUGCGCCACCAUCCGAUAAUGGCGGCAAGAGCCCGAGACAAAGAGGCUACGACCUGGCGCUGCACAUUGGCAUGGCCGGCCCGCCGGUGCGCUACUCCAUUGAGCGCCGUGGACACCGAGACGGGUAUCGGCAUCGUGAUGUCGACGGCAAGUAUCUCGAUGACGAAAAGAGGCGCGAACGUGAGGGCGACGACUGGAUCUGGCACGGUGUGCCCGACGAGCUCCUGACCGAUCUUGAUAUCGAGGACAUCUAUAAAAGAUGGGUUAGACGGAGUCCGGACGGUGGCGAAAGCGGGCCAGAGCUCCGCAUCUCCGAGGAUCCUGGGCACUACCUUUGCGAUUUCAUCUACUUUACGAGUUUGGCUCAUCUGUAUAAACAGCAUCGGACGCGGAAUGUUCUCUUUCUGCACGUGCCGGCAUCAGGGACCGCUGAAUCAGUACAGACGGGCACCGAGCUCGCCACGCAGCUGCUGCGAGCCAUGGUGGAGAGCGAAGUUGAGAGGCGAUCCAAGGCUGAUGGAGCGCCUGGCUCCACCCCAUAG